AUGGCUUUGAGAACAGCAGGAAGUGUGUUGGUGGUCUUUCUCUGGUCUGUGACAGUGGUACUGGGUCAGAAUGGCUGGAGUGUGACUUACACCCCUCAGAGUAUCUGUACCUUGAAGGGGUCAACAGUGGAGCUGUCCUGCUCUUACACAUAUCCCAGUGGUACAGUCACAACAACCUUCUGGUUCACAAAAAAUGAUGCUGAGGGGAAUCCUUUUAGUCUGAGUGAUGACCCAGAAUACAUAGAUCGUGUGACGUACCAUAGAGAUAACAAGAAUGACUGCACUCUAAGAAUCACAGACCUGAGAGAGAGUGACGCAGCUACGUACAAGUUCAGAUUUAUAACAGAUCAGACCGGAGGGAGAUAUACUGGCAACCCUGGAGUCACUCUGUCUGUCACAGAUCUGCAGGUGAAGGUGACUCCUUAUUCAUUUGUAUCAGCAUGGAAGACACUGACUUGCACCACCUGUAUUCUGACUGGUAACCCCACCUACAUCUGGUACAAGAACGGACAGAUAGUAACUGACAACACUUCCCCCUAUUCAGUCUACCCUGAUGCUGCAGACAGCUACUCCUGUGCUGUAAAAGGCCGUGAGGAUCUCCACUCUCCUGCAGUGUGUGUUCAGGAUCAGAGCUGUAACAGAGUGACUUACACCGACAAGAGAAUAUGUGCUUUGAAGGGGUCAUCAGUGGACAUAUCCUGUAGUUAUUUCAGUUAUCAUCCGAUCAAAACAACAUUCUGGUUUAGAAGUGAUAAGUCGGCACCUGAGGACCUAGCCAGAGACCCAGAGUAUGCAGGCCGGACCCUGGAGAGCCUUCCCUCCACCCUGAGAAUCACAGAUCUGAGAGAGAGCGACUCAGCUGAGUAUAAAUUCAGAUUCAACACACAGAUCUCAGGAUGGGGGUACAGCUUCUCUGGAACAAGUCUGUCUGUCACAGACCUGCAGGUGAAGGUGACUCCUGACACAAUAUCAGAAGGACAUAGUGUGACACUGACCUGUAGCACCACCUGUACUCUGACUGACAACCCCAACCCCACCUACAUCUGAUACAACAACGGACAACUUCUACAUGAGCCCACAUCUCGGCAAUACUCUGUCAAUAAUUCUUAUUCAGACAGUUACUCCUGUGCUGUAAAAGGCCAUGAGGAUCU